CCUUACAAAAAAUAGUAGUAAAUCAAGAUGGACACCCAAAAUCUGCUAUUUGGGAUGAUUUUGAUUUAGGCGAAUCAGAUGGCAAAGGCUAUUAUAGAGCAAAAUGCGAAGUUUUUGAAGAAAUAAGAUGUAAUUGGUUAAUGCAAGUAGCAAGGCGAAAUGAUAAAACAGAUAUUAAAACUAGUGAUAAUGAAAGCAUAUUCUCUAUUUCAUCAAAAAAAUCUAUCACUAAAAUUUCU